AUGGUUGGUUUUUGGUUUUUGACAGUAAUUUUGGCUUUUUAAAAAGUUUUUAUUUUGUGGUUUCUAAGCUAAAGCUAAAUUUUUUUGCAAGAUUUUGUAGUUUUUUUGAAAAAUUUUUAAAUAGACAACUCUAAAUUCAGCUUUUUUUCGUUGCCAAAAAAAUUUCAUAUGGGUUUUUGAAUGAUUUUUGAAAAAGUUUGAAGUUUUUUUAUUUUAACUUCUUGCAUUUUCUUCAGAAAAAAAUUCAAUUUUGAAAUUUUUUUAGAUAGUUUUUCAAUUAGAAUACCUUCAAAAAUGUUUUAAUCGAUCUUUUUAACUAUUUUUUUCUGGAAAAAAAUCUCAAAUUUUCAAUGAAAAAUUAUUUUUUUAUCUCGUAUUUUAUCUCAUUUACCUUCUAAAUAAAUCAUGUCCUUUGCGAUUUAUCCAGUUUUGUGUACUUUGUUCCCCAAAAAUGAUGCAAUUUAAUACAAAAUACAUUUUUUUAACAGUUAUCUAUACGUUUUUUUAAAAAUUUUGAUUUGAAUUUCAUUGGGUUUUUGAAUUUUCGCAAACCAUAAAAAUGAGUUUUGCGUAUAACUUUGCCAUUUUUUAAUCUUUUUCUUUUCAGAACUUCCCAGAUACGUUUCACUCGAACCAUGUAUUGCUGAUGACUUUCAAUGAGAUGCUGGUCAGGAUUUUUUGGUUAGUUUCCUUAAAAAAUGUAUAUUUUUGCAGGGAAAAGAUGUCGUCAUCACCGUGUCUGACGGCCGCAAAUAUACAGGGCUUUUUGUCGCCUGUCAACCUAAUGAGAAGGUAAAAAUUGAUGAAAAAAAUCUUAUUUUCCGUCUUAGUUCUAUUAAUAUUGAAAGUUUUGAUUUAGAAAAAAUUUUUUUUGGUUUAUUUGAAAAAUAAAAUUUGACUAGUCCGAACAAUGAUUCAGAAACUGUUCGGAAAAAAAGAUUUCUUGGAUUUUUGUACGAUUUUUAACUUCAAUGAUAAUACGUCAUUGGUUUUAGAUGUCCUUUUUCUGACAAAAAGAAUUUUUGAAAAAAAGUUUUUUUGACACAAUUUUUUUGUAUCUUAAAGCUAUCAAUUCGAAAUUUUUUUUCCGUUUCUAAUUUUAGCUGGGAAAAUUUUUAGUGGCCACUAUAGAGACUCGCCAAGGACUACUUGAGAGGACACUAAAGUGGCCACUAAACCCACCUCUAGAGUGACCACUAUUUUCCGUUUUAGUGGCCACUCAAGUAUUUUUUUUAUCCAGCAUUCCUUCCAGUAACUCUGAUAAUUUUAUAACAAACAGAUUGGACCAGUUAUGUUGAUCCAUUGACCCCUAAAGAGGCCACUAAAAUUUUUAGUGGUCUAGUAGUAGCACUUAGAACUCUAUAGUGGCCACUAAAAGUUUUUGCCGAGGUAACUAUUUUCGGUUCGACUGCGAGUUUAUAAGAAAGACUUAAAAAAAUUUUUUUCUGAAGGGAAAUGAACUUUUUUGCAGCGAAACCAGCUGGACAUUGGCUUAAAGCUGGCCUACGAGCUCACAGACGACAACUCGAAGAAUCUGCUGCCGCGGGCCAGCGAAGUUAAAGAGAAGAUGAUCUUCCAGUUCGAUAACGUCAUCAGCAUGUCGGCCAACAUCACCGAGGAGAAGCCCGGCACUCGUUGUGUGUUAUUCUUUGGAUUUUAGGAUGGGAAGCUUGGUUUUAGGAAGAAAAGUUGUUUUUCGAGGAAAAAAGGUUCACCAUAAAAUAUUUUGAACAAUUCAAAACUAGCUUCAGUGAAGACUCGUUGAAAAAAAAAAACCUUUUUCUAUGAGAAAGAGAACUGGAUAGAUUAUUCAAAAGUGAAAAAAUGUCUGGGCAAAAAUAUUAGGAAUAGUCUGUUUGAUGAUCCUUCCUGUGGAUCUAGAUACAUUGAACUUUUGACAUGAGAUACACCGAAAAUUUUUUUGUAGGGUUCAAAGCUAGCUUUAAUGAAGGUCCUUUGAAAAGAAAAAAGAAAAACUUGAUUUUAUGAAAAAAUAGGCAGGAUAGGAAUAUUUAGAAGUAGAAAAAUGCCUUUUUUAGGCAAGAAUGUUUCACUAGUAACAGUCUGAUCCUUCCUGGGGUUCUUUAAAGGCGCAUAAGCUGAUUUCAUUGAACGUACUUUUUUUGGCAUCAGAAGAAAGCUAUAUAAAAAUUUUGUGGACAGAAAAGUAGUUUUUUUUUUGGCUAAGAAUGUUUUUACUAGUAUUGCUCUGUUUAUUAGUCGUUCCUGGGGCUGUUAGGCGCAUCAUAUAGAUUUAAUUUUGGUCUCGAAACGAAAAGCUUUUUUCAGUGGUCUUUUAGACAAAGCCUCUUUAAAAUUCGAGUGAAACUCUUUUUUAUGAGGCAGAGAUAAUUAUUGAUCAGGUCUCACUGGGAAAUUAACUUUUCAAGGCUUCAAAAAGUUCAGAAAUAUUUGACUUUAAUGGAAAUUUCAGUCAAUUUACUUCUUGAGAGUACAUAUAUUAUUUCUUAAAUUUUCGGCUUAUCUUAUUUUUAAAAAAUUAAAAAAAAUGAGGAGGUCAAACUAUAAUACUCGUAAGUUCCAAUCUGUUUUCUUAGUACUUUGGAACUCUCCUUGAUUUUUUUCCGGUUUCCUAACAAACUUUGUUAUCUUGUCUUGUCAAUGAGUCUGCUGAUGUUGAACUAGUUGGUUUCGAAAUCGUUUCGUUAUUUAUUUUUUUUUUACUUUGAGUAGGGGAAGAUUAUUGUGGAAUAAUUUAGUUUAUUAUAAAAUGGUGAAGAUAUCGAAAAAGAAAAUAAAAAAGGGCUUUUUUUUAUGUUUUAUGAAUCGCCAAAAAAUUCGAAAUUGCUCUACCUGUUAUAAACAAAAGAGGUCAUUUGAGGAUUUUUUAAAACUUCAUGAAAGACGGUUCGAAGUCCAAAGUAAAGCGCUUUUUUCCAGGAUUUUUCCAACAAGCUUCUCAAAAAUACUGAUUGUUUUUGCAGCGAUGGGAUUCGCGACAGACCGUGACUACCACGGCAACUCGAAGACGAACGGCCAUGGCGAGGACGAGCUGGAGAGGUGGAUGUCCGAGGAGGACGAGGGCUUCAGUCAUCCCAUCGAGGACGGCUACGAAGGCGGCAUCGAAGCAGUUCGUUCAUCAUCAUUAUUUAUUCGGAAGAAGAAAAGAAUAUGAAAUAGUUCAAAGAACGGACCUCUUAUAAAACUAGUUAGAAAGGAAAAAUAAUUCAUAAAAGUCGAAGGGAGUCUUAAGAAAGCUAGGAUAUGAAAUUUGAAGACCUUUUUUAAUAUUUUUGGGACGCUGGGACAUGAAUAAAAAAAUAGCGCAAAGCGUUUGGUGAUUAAUGGGCGUGGCUAAGCGCAACUGUCGCACAGUUAUAGGAGAUGAUUCUCCGCGCGGAUUUACUCUGCAAAUUUUUUUGACUAUCAAUUUCUGUACUCGGUAACGGGAACCGGACGUGCUCUGGACGUUUCUGAGAAAUUCUAGGGGUCACUUAAGAGGGCUGAGGCGACUUAAGUGGUCACUAGAAAUACCCAGACACGUCCGAUUCGCCUUGGUAUCGCGUUACUAAUUUCUGAGGUAGACCUGAUUUUUCUUUUUUGAGAACAACCAAAUGUUCAUCUUGAGCGAGAUCACACCCCAAACCAAUGAGGCAAAACUUGUCACGAGAAAUAACUAGAAAUUUGUUCUAAAAACUAAAGAAGGUGAUACUCCUAUGCCUGACGUUCUAACUUGAAUAAAACCAGGAAUAGGUGGAAACUUGAAGGAACUAUUAAAAUGAAUGAGAACUUCUUUAGAAAUGGUGUUAUAAACAAGUGACAUAUCAAAGAGGAGCCAUUGAUUUAAGAGUUUUGAAAUUAAAAAGGCUAAACAACAAAGAAAAAAAUUGAACUGAAAAAAAUUGAAAUUUCUCAGGACGUGCAAGACCACCGCCAACGGCACGCUCGUCAGAACGGCUGGACCCCCGAGGAAAUGUUCGCCUUGAACAGCAAAAUGCACAAAGUCACGUCGACUUUCGACGAGAAUUUGUCCCAGUACACGACGUGGGUUUUUUUCAUUUCAAGUGUUUAUUCGCCAUUCCGCAAUCAGCACAAAUACAAAAAAAUAAAACAUCAAGACAAUCAAAUAAAUCUAACAGCUGAUCUGUGGAAACGGCUGGAGGAAAAAGAUUGUCCGAGUAGAAGGAAAAAAGGAAAAAAGGAAAAAAAAUGAGGAUUUUGCAAUGACUUAGUAAAAAAAUUUUAAGCUUUUGUUCAGUUGUUUCCUUUCGUUGUUUCACUUCGAACUACGUAACUUUUAGCCUUAAUUGUGGAGCUUUUUAGUCCCCCAAUCUUUCGAACCUCUUGAUUCCGAAACAAGGAAAACAUUUUUUUAGACCUUUUUCCAAGUUGAGACGCUCCAAAAGUUGGAAAUAUUGCUUUUUUGUCAUACAUUGCCAUUUUUUUGGAAUCAGGAUGACCAAGAGUAAUUCUCAGCCAAGUUUCAUGAUUUUAUUUCUGACCGGACACUUCAAAAUUCUCAAGAUGUCUUUCCGUGAACCAAUAAACCAAAGAAAAAAAGAUUCAGAAACUUUUUCAAGGAUUGGGAUUUCAGAGUGGAGGUGGAGGGAACCGAAGAAGACAGACGGCGGGCCGAGCAACUCGCCCGAGAAAUUGAAGGCAGCGCCUCGUCGAAAUUCUUCUCGCGGCUGGAGAACGACGACGAUGAACGGGAUCUAGAUAAGGAGACGAUUCUCGACGACGAAUUCGAAACUGUUCAUUCGGGUGGACCGAAUUCACGACGAGCUGGUGGAAAUUCCAGGUGAGGGUUGGGGUUGGAAGAAUAAAUUUGUUGGAGUUUGCUUUUUCUUGCUCAGAUUUGAAGAUGGAAAACUAACUUUAUUGAUUAGUUACUUUCAUUGUUGCUUUAUAUGAAGCCUGCCCACUUACUCAACAUUUUUGAGCUUCUUACAGAACUCCUUCUUUUUUUUCCUCGGUUCAACGAGAUUUUCAGAAAUUCCGGACGCAGCGGCCGAGGAGGACAAAACGCUGGACAAGGCGGUCAGAUCAACCGACGGGCUGAUGGCCUUAAAAAUGACCGUUGGUUUUUUGGUUUCUAGAAGUUCUGGGCUUUGAAACAAGCAAAAUUGUACGUUGUAGUAGAAGAUUUAGUAGUAAUAAGAAGCUAGACUAGACUAUUUCCAAUAAAAAAGAAGGGGUUGUAUAGGAGAAGGAGGGAGGGGGGGCUUGGCUAUCGCCAAUCGUGCUCAUCCCGUGUAUGGUAAAAAUACAUGGGCGAUCGACUUUCAAUGAUUUAACUGUGUUCAAAGGCGACAGGGGCAGAGAAGUUGUGAAUUUCGCUCGUACUCGCAUGCUGAGCAGGUGUCUCAACGGGUGUACCCGUCUUAAACCCGUGUUUCUGAGGUUAUUUUAAUCUCAGUUGGGCUAAAACGGGGGAACAACGGGUGUAAGAAAAAUAUGUAACCCAGCUGGGCUUAAGCGGGGUCUCAGUUGGGCUAAAAAUUGCCAGAAGUUCUUUCAGCUGGGCUUAUACGGGUGUUAUACGGGGGCACCCGCUGAGACCGCGUGUUAGCACGGCUGGGUUACCCUGCUCAGCAUUCGAGUAGAACAUCAGGUACAAGAGAGGUCGUGGGAAGAAGUACGGUGCCGGCUUUCCCAGGGCGAUGCCAGAGAUUGAGCCCAAUUUUAUCUACCCCGGGAGGAUGAAAGGUCGACCUCGGGGGAACUCGAACUUACAAUCUCGCGGACGUUAGAAAUGAGUCUUUUCCAGCUGAGCUAUGCCGUCCCUAUGACGUAAUAAAUUCGAAAUGUAUAGAACUUUCUAGAAUCAGCUUAAUAUAAGCGUCCUCCAACAGUCUGAUAACCACAAAACCAAAAACCAUUCCUUUCCUAAUUCCAUGUCUUCUCUGCAGGAAGAAACAGUGGAGGAGCGCCGUCGGGUGGCCGCUUCCAACAACAGAACCAAGGACCUUCCGAAGGCGGAUAUGCGGCGGCGGCCGCCAAGAACAGUGGCGGCGGCGGCGGAAGUCGGUAUGACCGCGACCGCCGAAGUCAAGGACACGACGACUACCCCAGGGAUGGCAGCUCUGGUAUAUACUUUUUCUUUUUUUCUAAUUAUCGGAAUGAUAAGCUUGAUACUAACAUUGAAAAGGUUUUGGAUAAAUUUUGUCGAUAAUUUUCAAAUUUUUAGCUUUUUCUUCAUUUUUUAGAUGUAGUUUUUUGAAAUUAGCAUGAUAAGUUUGGUACUGACAUGAAGAGCUUCUAGGGAACUGAUUAAUUUUUUAGCAGAGGUGAUUAUUUUCAAAAAUACAGUUUAACAAGGAGUUUCGUUUUAGGAUUUUUUUUGUUAAUUGGUCAGAAUACCCCUUAAUUUACAACACGGGCAAAGUCGGAAUGGUGGAUAAUGACCGCAAAAAGGGAAGAGGCUCAAAAAAGGCAGCAAAAAGGCAAGAAAAAGGUAGCAAUAAGGCCGCAAAAAGGCAGCAAAAAGAGUCCCUUUAUCGAGCCUACCAUUUUUCUGGGAUUUUAAACACUCGAAAAAUGUUGGAAAAGGGCAGCAAAAAUGGCGCAUAAGGGCCGAGAAAAUGACGCAAAAAGGGAGCCUUUGUGACCCUAAAAAGGGACAAAUUUAUUGAGCCUUUCCGACUUUGCUUAUGUAGAUUGAGGUUCUGGAAAUCUUGACUUUCCCCCAUUUUUAUUCCUCACAAAAGACAUCUCAAGGUGGGGAAAAUAGUCGAAAUCCGGUGGAAUAGGUCAUUUUGAGAUUUUGAGUCUUAAUUAGAAAAUUAGAAAGUUUUGCAAGGAGAAAUAUACAUCUAACAAAUCGAUUUUGACGAAUUCACAAAAAUUUCCCAACCGCAAAGCGAAAUUACCUUCCUUUUAAGGUCUGGUAUGGAAGAUAAGAUAGAGGUGAAAAGUUAUUGGAAAAUUGGAAUGCAUUUUUAACAAUAUUAACAUACCCCGGCUGUUGUGGUGGCGGUUUUUUCGUAUUUUCGUUUUAUUUACCCACGAGAGUCUGAUUUUUGUGUUUUUAUUUUUUUCAAUCAAGCUCGUGCCUGAUAGCUUGAUUUUUUUCGACGAAUUUGAGGCGAUUUACUUUUUAUUUAAGUUUCAAAUGGAGCUCAUCCGUCAGUUAGACGUUUUAGUACGGAUUCUUUAGUACUGCAAAGUUUUCUUCGAUACAAAAUUUUCAUGACUACUAGUUGGUUGGAAAAUCGCUAGUUUUGCGACUGAAUGAACGGUUUGGUGAAUCGUUGUCGGUCGCAAUUUGCUCAGGUGGUGGUUUGGGCGCCGCGCGCAAAAUGCUGACACAUUCGCCCUUUUUCCGUCCGUUUUUUUGCGGCUUUUCCCUCUCCGUUUUCCUUCUCGUCAGCCCUCUUUUCCCUUAUUUAGACUACGUGUGUUUUGGUUUAGAAUUUGGAACUUUUUUGGAGGUUUGUAAAGGAAAAUAAGGCGGUUUUGAGCUUAUGAGACGGUUAGUUUUUGAUUUUUCGGUUUUCUUCUUGAGUUUAAUGAACGCCCCUAGGUUUUCGACGUCUUCCUUUGAGAUUAGAGGUCGACAAAGGCGAAAAAUGAAUAUUCUGAAGUUAUAUUAGAGGGAGAAUUAUUUAUGUAGGUAACGGAAAUUUUAAGAGUUUGGUUAAUUUUUCCUGUGCUUUUGUCUAAAUUUUGGCCAAAAAAAGGAAUUUUAUGCUCCGUCCUUGUGAACCACAGUUUCACGCUAAAAAAAAUUUGAGAACCUUUUUUAUUUUCAAUGGUUUUAAGCUUCAAACUUGACAUUUUUGUCUCGAAUCUCCCAAUUUCGGACUAGGAUUAGGUGGAUUUAGAGUUUAGGAUUUUUGAGAUGAUUAUUUGAGCUUUUCUAACAAAAUUUUUUUGGAUAAUAAUGGUUUUGCUGGGUUUUUUGAGCUUGAAGAACUUUUUUCAGAAGGAGAAAUUUGAGUCAAUAAAUGUAUAUUUUUCGUGAAGGUUCAAUUUCCGAUUGGAUUCCUACAUUUCCGGUGUUUUUGUCCAAAUUUAGCUAUCAUAUUAGAGGGUGGUAUGAUAAUUUAAUGUUUUUGAUGAAAGUCUGAGUCUUGGCGUGGAAAAAAUACUAUUUUUUCAUUUUUUCUCUGACUUUUCUCAUAGACCUUUAGACACAAUUUUAAAAAAUCAUUUUUUUGAAAGACAUUAUUUUUUUCUGAGUUUUUUUGAUUUUUUUCAAAACGCAAAUCAGCCAUGAAAACAGUCUAAAAUGUCGCCCUUUGCCUUUCGCGCAAUGAUUUUCAGAACCCCGAGAAAAAGAAGAAUUUUUGAUUGCAAAACUGGUUUUAUGGCAACUAGUUCUAUGUAGACUUGGUCAAAGUGACGGUUUUUCGCUUUCAAAAACGCAUUCUUCUCUCUUUUAUCAAAGAAAAAUGGAACAAAAAAGAUGGAUCUCAUGCAUUUUUGAGACCACGGUGAAAAAUUGAUCUUUUGUUCGCUGCAAGUGGCUUUUUAUUAUUGUAGUUUAGCUCUUUCGCUUCAUUUUCAACUGAUUAUUUGAUUUCUUUUUACUACUUAUCCCUUUGAGAAUCUGAAAAAUCACAAGUUCUGUUUGAUAGUUGCGCCGGAAAAAAUUGAACUAAUCUUUCCCAUUUUAUUUUUGGUCCGAAUGGAUUUUUUUCUCGCUUUUUAGAUUCAUUUCUGAGUUUAUUUUGAAUUUAUUUGACAAAAAAACUUAUCUGUUUGAACAAUUUCUGAGAAAACUUGUAAACGAUUUUCCUUUCCUAGAAAUGGCAACAGGUUCGAUAUGAAACCUUUUUUCCUCGUUACGUUUCCAAGAUUUUUCGAUGAAAAGUGCCGAUAUCUGAAAUUGAAACAGAAAAAAGAACAGCGAUAAGAAUCGCGCGCCACUUUCAGUACGUUCCACCAUGUCUUUCAAUCGGGUUGUUUUUUUUCCCGGAGAAUCUUUAGGAAUUUGCCUAUUUUUCCCCUAGGAAGAGGUUCGGAAAAGUUUCAUUUUAGGGGCGUGAAAAAUUUUGUUGGAAAUUUAUUGGUUUUAAAAUGAAUAAAUUUUUUUAUGAUUAGAUGAUUUUAAGUGUAAUACUCUUGAAGCGGCGGGGAAAAAGGGUUUUGCCAAUUUUUUUGGGCUUCAGACCCAUUUUAAGAUUGUAAAUUUCAAUUUUUAGGACCUUAAAUUACUUUUGGAAAGUCUAAUUUUUCCAUUUUUUCCAUCAGAAAAAGUCUUCAAACUCGUCUGUUUUGGGGCUUUUUUUCUGGAUUUGGCUUUACAUAGGAACCAUCGUCUUCAAGAAAGAGAAAAAAAUGAUGAAAAAAUGACUCCUUAGACAUCACCACCAACCUGGAUUCCAGGUCCUGGAUGCGUUGAUUUUUAAAGACCCUAUGGAUUUUUUAAAAUUUUGUCCCAAGGCCUACAUAAGAAACUAUCAUCCCCCGCGAUCAUGCCUUUUUUUCCUUCCAGUUCGACUUUCUGUGCCUCGGGAAAGCCAAAGAAAAAAAAAGCAAGCGGGAAAGAAUAGGAUAGAAAUGUGUUCCUCCUGGUGAGAGGCGAGAGUUGGGUGCGCGCCGGUGCCCCCUUCACGGCCACGUACGCCUCGCUUGUCUCGACGCCGGCGGCGGUCCUCUCUGUGGCGGUAGAACGACCAUUUUUCUUGUGUUUUUUUUCUGUUCCUCCCUCGUCUCCUUCUUUGGAUUUAUUGGCUCGAUGUUUUUUUUUCUCGACGGCUGGGAAACCUGGAGAAAUGACUUUUGGACUUUGAGACUCUUGGAGAAAUGGUUUCUGUAUAUUGAUCGAUUUCUUGCCUUUGAACUGCUUGAGAUGGAAAGUUUCAGCUUUAUAGUGAUUCUCUUGCCGUCGGGGAAGGUAGAAAGAUGAUUUUUAUUGUGUUUUUCUUCUGCCCCUCCCCCGUCUCCUUUUUUGGAUUUAUUGGCUCAGCUGGGAAACCUGGAGAAGUGACUUUUGGACUCUAAGAUUCUUGGAGGAAUGGGCUGCUGUAUAUUGAUCGAUUUGUUGUCUUUGAACUGAUUGAAAUGGAAAUUUUCAGCUUUAUAGUGUUUCUCUUGCCGUAGGGGAAAGUAGAAAGAUGAUUUUUCUUGUGUUUUUUUUUUUUCUGUUCUCCCCUCGUCUCCUUCUUUGGAUUUAUUGGCUCGAUGUUUUUUUCUCGUCGGCUGGGAAACUUGGAGAAAUGACUUUUGAACUUUUUUCCUGGUAAUCCAUUUCUAGUCCAACUUUGAAUGGAAAAAAGAAUAUUCGGCUUGAAUUAUUGAACUUUUCUCGGUCCUGGUACACUUUUUGGCCGUAGAAACAAUUUUUUAUCGUUACUUCACAUUUUCUUUGGAUUGAUUGGCUCGAUGUUUAUUUUUGUUCCUCCGGCUGGGAAACGUGAAGAAAAAUAGUUUUGGACUCGUCGAAUUUUGGAGAAUAGUCACGGCUACUGCACAAUAAUCAAUUCGUAGUGAGAUUCCAAAUGUAAUGAAAACAAUUUGGCUUGAAUUAUUCACGUGUAUCUUGGAACGGCAACCACACUUAAUUGCGAACAUUUUCAAGCAAUCAAUAAAAUUUUAAAAAAAAAGUUAUAAAAAAACCCCAUGGUUGAUUUUUUUAUGGACGGUACUGUAGCUUCUCCCGGCCUCGGUACUCUCUGUGACGAUUUUUCUCGAGUUUCUUGCUUUUUUUUGCCUCUUGUCUCCUUGAAUUUUUUGGGAUAUUCUUCACUUCUAUCGACCCUAAGUCGCAUUUGGAAUGGAUUACAAUUUUCAUCUUUCUCCUUUAUUUUUCAAUUCGUUUGGUUGAGUAGGAGCCGCACUUGAGAUGGCUUUUGAUAGCUUUGUGUUCAUUUUUGAUCAGGAUUUUUUGAUUUUUUUAAAUUUACUUCAGAGAAAAAUCGAGUUAGUUUUCUGACUUCAAUUUCUUUAUUUUUUUCGUGCAUUUUUAGUUAAACCGUCAUAUUUUUAAUCUUAUCAUAGACUUCUAUACUCAAAUAGACAAUUUUCAAAGACGCAACUGAAAAUUCUAAUUUUUUCUUUCUUGAAACAGAUCCCAUCACUUUCUGUUGAGACCAAAGAAAUCCUGACCAAAGUACCAAAGAAUUCAUUUUAAAAAACCGGUGAACGGCCCCCACAUUUUAACGACUUUUUAAUGUUCGGAGAGCGAAAAAAAAGCGAAGAGAAAUUUGAGAGAACAAAAUCAGUGAUAGGAGCCGCCUCGUUUCCGGUCAGUAAUGGAGGAUUUCAUCAUUUUUUCCAGAGCUCAGGAAAUUAUUUUUUCCGAGUUUUCUGACCGGAAGUAAUGUGACUGGAUGUUUGAUAGUUUUUGUGAGAUUCAUUGAAAUUAAGCCCCAUUUUCAAACAGUGAAAUUGGCUCUUAGGCAUUUUUCAUUUCAAUUUUACAAUUUCUGGUGAUUUUUAAGACAUUUUUGAACAGAAAUUGUCCUUGAAAACUAUUUUUUUAUGACUUUUUGUUAAACUUUUUUCAAUUUCUAGAGAUUUAAAGGGCCUUUUUCAACAGUUAUAGAUUUUUUGUCCCGGGGAAUUUUUUCUUCAUUUUCCCAGGUCCUAGUUAUAGGUUAAUCUUUUUUUUUCACGGCGUAGUUGUUCGAUUUUUUUUAGCAAAUCGAUUCCCACUCUUUUCUCGAAGUUAUCAUUGAUUAUUUCUCGGACAUUGGUGAUCUUAGUGCUGACGAUGUAUGUGCGUGUUAGUCAUGGGAUUGUCAUCUGUUCGGAGUUUUUCCUUCAGUCUGUUUGGUUGCGAUUUGUGUGUGUUUGGUGAUGUUUUUGCCGGUUUAACGCGUUCCUUUUCUCGUUGAGCCUUGAGGCGUUGAAUCAGUCAUUUUUCGUUUGUAAAUUGGAGACUAGGUGAGAAGAAGGGGAGGUUUAUUGGGUUGUAAGCUGAAUUUUUGAUUUUUUGGGAUUUUUUUUACUAGUUGCAGUUCUUAUAGAAUUUUCUUGACUUCAUCGAUUUUCGGUUUGGGAAGAGAUUUCUCUCAGAAAUUUCGAUUCCUUCAAUUUUUCACGACUUUUGAAGGCCCUAAAGAAAAGAGAUGAGUCAUGGUUCCUUGGAGAACAGAAACCUGGUGAAUAGAGUUCGAAAAUGGGUCCAUUUUUCCAAGGGUCCUUUGAAGGGUUUACACAGCAUUUCGCCUAUUUUUAAACUUUUUUUUCAAUAUUUAUCCAACUGAGUGACUAUUUUUGUAGUCGGAAAUUGUAUUUUUGAACAACUUGUUGAUCGGAAGUUUUUUGAUCUUUUAGAUUUUUUCUUCACUUGGAGGUCUACUGUUUUCAUCCAUGAAAUCUUUUUUCUAGGGGCCCACUUUUUCCAUAAGGAUCGAUCAGAAAUACGUGUCGGUGCUCGUUUUCAAGCGAUUCACGUGUUUUUGUAGUGCUGGAAGGUUGGGUUGAUAACGUAAUCUAUCGAGUUGGGACGCUGAUUUCUUCCGCCUUGCAUGAUUCUAUAAGUGAUUCUCUUUGUCAUCAAAAAUUGAUUCUAGGAGAGAAUGUGAUGAAAUUUUUGAUGUAAUUGGUUUUUUUUCUGGUUGGAAAAUUUUUUUAUCAAAAUUGAUAGUAAAUUAUUAUCGUCUUUUCAUAGUUCAAAGCAAAGUUUUUUCCUUGAAUUUUUGUAAAAAUGAUCUUUUUGGAUGGAGCAGAGAGGUUUUUUCACCUAGACUUGUCAUAAAAUUUCUAAAAUCACUUGAAUCAUGGUUCGUGACGAUUUUUUUCAAGGAACUAGAGAUUUUUUUCGAGUAAUUUUUUUCGCGCAAGAAUUUUGUAUCUUUAUCAACCAUUUUUACGAAUUUUUCAGUAGAAAGAAGCCAAAAGUUUUCCAAAAAAACAAGAAAAAUUUUACGGUAAUAUAAGCUUUUCCUGUAACAAAUUAGCACUCCAUGCCGAAGAUAAAAUCAGAAAUCAUUAUUUUCGGCGCCCUUUUUGAUCCAUCCGAUCACAUUUUCACCCGAGUACGAUCACAGCGACAGGUGCGCGACCAUGAGAAUGCCUAAGCCUCCUUUUCCUGCGCACCUGAAAAAGGUGCGAAGACGCGGCAAAUGUGUCAUUCGUAUCGGAAAUUGACGAUGAUUGAUGGCGUUUUUUUCGAGGUGAUAAUUGUGAUAAACGUUCUUAGAGGGCAAUGUGAAUCGGGAUGUUUAGCUGGAUUUUUCUUGGAUUUUUGUUGUAUGGAUAAUUUAGGAUUUUGCAUGAAGAGAUAGGUGGAAAAAGUUAUAUAGUGUCAGGAAAACUAUCAUUGUUUCAAAAUAUCAAGUUACUAACAAAAAAAUAACUUGAAAGGGGUAUUUGAAGACUAAAUGAUCAUGGGAACUUUCAGAAAAAAUGAGAUUCGAAGGAAAAAUUUUGUGUAGAUUCGAUUAUUUGGGUACCUUUUUACCCGUUUUUUUAGUGAGAAUUUGGAAUUUUCAACUCAUAGGAACUGACUGGAAAAAGGUUAUUUUCUCAAAAAAACCUUCAAAAAAAUAUUUGGAGCCUUUUUGUUGUUAAUUUUCAGUUUCUUGUUAUUUUUAUCCGAGUAUUGUUGUUCCAGUUCUUGAAUAUGACUCUCAAAUUUUUGAAAAGUUAGCCCUUCAAAAAUUGAUUUUGUACGAAACAUUUCCUUCAUAGCGACGCCUUUUUGCAAUUUCUCGAGCGCCAAGAAAUAAAAAAAAAGAAGGACGAUUUGUAUCCGCCGACGCGACAAACGCAGUCAUGAAACUGAGCGAAAAAAGAAAAAAAGGAAAGAGAAAAGCUUUUCGUUUCGUUCUUUUUUGAGGUUUUUCGUAAAGUCGAGAGCAUUUAUUUCUAAACGAGAAGCUUGAGAGGAAGUUGAAGGAUUCAAAAAAAUUAUUAUCUUAUUAUGUAUCUUCCCCUAGAGUUCCUGCUACAUGUUCGCGAUGAAAAUAGCUUUUUUCACAUUUUUCUUCAUUCCCGUGGACGAUUGGCUCAAGGAAAUGAGUGCAAUUAAUUGGAUUUUUCAUUAUUUUCGUGGGAAUUCGGUGACUCAUCCUAACUAUGUGAAGGGCAAUCGAACUAAUUGUUUGGCCUUUUUCUGGCUUUCUUUGUACUUUUCCUGAGGCUUUUGGGAGUUGUGGAAGUCUCCUAUGAAGGGCAAUGGACUUUUGAGGUAGAAGUACGAGAAUCGUUGGAAUUUUGGUUAUUUUCCAAGCCUUUAAGGAGUAUUUAUGAAAUUCGGAAGGAGUUUGAAGUACGGAAAUUUUCCGUCACGUUCCAAAAUCUUUUUUGAUCAUUCGGUUCUCAAAAAAAUCAAUUGGACUUUGUUUUCCUUGUUUUUUUUUUUUUUCUGAGCGAACGUGGGAAAAAAUCAUUCCAAAGUAAACAAGAAAUAUCUGAAAAAAAUAAAAAAUUUUUGAGAAUCUGAAAGAAAUUUUUGCAAUGAAUCUUGAGUUCAACUUUUUCUAGUGGAAAGGAGGCUGUUUUGAAAAAUUUUUUUGAUUUGAAGGCGAUUAUUUGAUUUUUUUUUUAAUUUUUGAAAAACGUCAGUAUCACGACCUUUCAACUUGAUAGAAGUAAGUCUUGGUAGCUUUAUUUUGAAAAAAAUUUUUAAAAAAUAGUUAAAUUUUACGAUUAAGUAUAAUUAUAACUUCUCUGAAGUCGUUAUGGACCGGAUUUUAUCAUUUGAAAAAAAUAUUUUAAUCCAAAAAAGUCCUAGUUCAUCAUAAAAAGACAACUGUAGGCUUAACAUUUUUCACUUUUUCUCGCUAAAUUUUUCUCUAAAAAUCAGUUUCUUAAAAAAAUCUUUCUCUUUUUUUAAAAAAACAUUAAGAGUUUUUUUGUUGUUGUUGUUUUACUUAAAAAAAUAAAACAGAACAGUACCACUCACUAAAUAUAGGUCUAUUAACUCUACUUUCCGUUCAUUUUCCGCCCAAAGGGAAAACAAUAGUAUCUUUACUAUCCAUCUGCCAAAUACAUCCAAACAUCAACCUCUGGUGGACUCGGUUGAUCAGGCCAAAUAAGAGUAUAAAGUGUAAUAAAGGCCAAUCGAUGGGCUCGAUUGCUCCGGCUCGUUGCCUGAAGCACGGAGCAACACAACUCGGUGACCCAGAUAAUUGCCCUGUCUCCUCGGUCGUGCACCAUCGACAGUAACCCCAAGUGAUUCGAUGAGCCUUCGUGCCGAUACCAGGUGUGAAACGCGAGGAGGCGAGAGGCGGGGCUUCCUGUUGAUGUUGUUUUUGGUCAUUCGCUUGUUGUUCUUGCCUCCUUGGUGGUUGGGUCCUCUUUUAUGGGCCAUUUUUUCUUUAUUUCCAUGUAUUUUCUGAUUCUAGGUCCUCUGGUUGGACUGCUAUUCAUAAACCUAUAGUGGAGUUUUUUAUAUCUUCCUGGAGCUUUUUCAUUGAAGGAAGAUGCAGUUCAUUCGGCUCUAUUGCCUGAUUUUUACCGACUCCAGGGUUUCUUAGGGUUUCACAUUUAUACAUUCCUUCAAUUUUCAGAAGAGAUUCUCUUUUGAAUCAAAGAAUGGUUUAAUAUUUUUUCGGCUUGCGAAACUGUGGUUGAUCUUGUCCUGCGCGUAGAUUACCCCGAAUUUCUCGUUUCAUUAGUUUUGGGCUUGUUUCAGAAACAUUUUCUGUAACAAAAUAAAGAUAGAUACAGUUCAUUUGGUUCUAUUAAGAGAUGACGUCGAGAUUUGCACGACCUCAGGGUUGAUUCUUAGAAUUUUUACAUUAAAUCGGUCUUCGAAAAAUAUUUUUCGCUGAGUUACGCAAUGAUUUGAGAUGCUUAUUGGCUCGCGAAACUGUCGGUGAUUGAGAAUUACUCGUAGAUCAAUUUUUCUUUCUUUUUUAUAGAAGUAGACUAAUUCUAGAGCGCUUAGAAGAUCAACGGAGAACGGGAAUUAAAAGAAGCAUUUGAGGGCUUGGAAUGAUAUGAUAAUGAUAAGAAUUUAUUAUCAUCAUUAUUAUUGAUAUUGUUAGAGCUCCCCAUAGUUCAAAGGUCUGAAGCGUUUUUUUCGAUUCAAAAGAUUUAAGGCUCUUUUUAAACUGGAAAGAUGGGUUAGAGGUCUCAAUAGUAGACUGAAAAGUAUAAUUUUUUUUGAGAAACCGCUUAAGAAAAAUUACUAUAACUUUCGACCCUCGAAAAUGGGUAUAUACAGUUGCAGACAGCCUAAUUCAGGAAGACUUGGGUUAUGGGAUCGUAUUGAAGUUUUUAGGGAUGGUAGACCUGUAGAAGAUUAUUUGGAAAAUAGAGAUUAUCUGCUGUACUUUAUGGGGUACCUAGUAGAAGCUUUUCAAAGAUGUGCAGAUAAAGCUUGGAAAUGGUCAGAAACGUUUACCCGAUUCUUUCAAACUCCUUGAAAAGUUUUCCAAGAAGUAUCGGGUGAAAAUAAGCAUUCUGAUAAGUUUCAAGCUUCAUCUACUCAGUUUUGACAGGCUUUUUUUUCGGUACCCUAUAGGGUUCAGAAGAUAAUGUCUCUUAUUUCCAAAUAAUCGUUUCUAUGUCUGUUUUCUGCUGACAUUUCAGUACGAUCCUUGAAUUUUUAUGGUUCCCUAAUUAGGCGGAAAAGCGUUUUUAAUAGUCAGUAGUUCUUUAAACAGAAAAUUAAGAGAAAACGCUUCAAACUUGCCAUAAAUUAUUACAAAUCCAAAAAAGUCGUUCAAAUAUUGUCAUCAUGGGAUAUUGGUUUUUAGUAUCUAAAAGCUCUAAUGGAAAUGAUUUUUGACACUGUAGGAGUUUUGUCAUCACAUCGUCAUAAGCCAAAAAAUGAAUCAUUCAAUUUUUUUUCUCAUUUGAUUCUUUUCUGGUCUCUUUCUUUCAUAUCUUUCAUUCCGAUCAAUCGCUCCCUGCAAUCGGAAAUUCUCUGUUUUUUUUUUUUCUAAUGCUGCUAUUUUGAGAAUCUCCAUCUCUCUAUUGAACUUGCAGUUUUCAAGCUAAAAAUAGAGGAAAUUCUGGUAUGUUCCCAAAGAUUUUCGGACCAAAAAAGGCCACGUUGCCUUACUUUUUAUCACACGUCGACUUUUUCUUUUUUUUUUCUCAGCUGCCCGCCUUUUUCCGCCCAUUUCAACUCGAGCUUUUCUCAUUCUUCUCUAUAAACCUUUGUCUUGAAGUUUUUGCUGGUCAAAGUAUAUCAGCUGAUAAGAUAGCAAAUAAAUGGGGGGAAAAAUCAAUUUUUCUCGGCCUAUUUGUUCUCACAGCUUUUCCCUCCUUCUUUUCACGUCAGUUGCCUUUUUGACGUCAUUGACUGAGCAUUUCCUUGUUUUUUCUUGUAUUUCUUUUGACUCUAGACUUUUUUUGUGUGUGGACUUUAGGGACUUUAAGUGUAGGAAAAUUUAUCAGAACAGCCGGGGUAUUGUUAUAAUUGAAUAGUUGGUUAGAAUUAUUAAAAUUGACUUGAUUUUAUUAAGAGAACAAGGUUGAAAUGGCUUUGAUCUCUGCUUUUGCGUUGUAGGCCUGGCGCAAGUAGUUUUGAGUCGGGCGCAUACAAUUGUUGAAGCUUUAGGGCAUUUCAAAUGCGACCGUGGACUUGAAUUUUCAAAUUUAUCGAGUUAGAUAAGGAAAUGAUGUAUUUAGGCUAUUUUACUCCAUUAAAGUUUUAAAUUUUCGACUUGACACUUUAAAAAAAAUAUUUAAGAGAAGGCAAAUUUUAUUUUUCAAAACAUAAAUAGAAAGAUCAGGAAUUUGAAAGAGAUACUAAAGAAAAAUGGAAAAAAUAGGCGGUUCCCUGUUCAGAUUGGCCAAUGAACAAGAACCGAUCAUUGUAUGAGCCGACGUCAUCGGCCAACUCAAGUUUCAAGGGCCAACAGAAGGUCAUUCUGGAGCCGCGACAGGGACCCAGUGGUCGGGCUCAUCAUCUGAGCACCGAUGAACCCAACUCGCCGAGAAUCCCACCUGGAGGUGAACCGUGACUGUAAUGAAAACUGAUUCUUCUGAAGGAUUUAGGGCUUGGAAAGGCUCUAAGUAGAAUCUUGCUUUUAGGAAGAUCAUUCUAGUAUUUUUGUAGUCUAUUCGGCUAUCUUAGUAUGAGAAAUUUGGUCUUCUCGUGAGAUUAUAAUGUUGCGAAACCCCUUUGCUCACUUUCGUUCUGACUUAUUUGCCUUUCAAAUUGCUCAUAUUAAACGCAUGCUCUCGUUGUUUGUCCCGCCCCUUUUUUUCCUUCUUUGAUUUUUUCUCCAUUAUUUUUCCCGUUUUCAGCUUCCCAGCGAACUGAAGACUUGAAGCACUGGGGCAAAGAGUUCCCGAUCGCCUACCGAAACAACACCAGCAACAUCCAGCAAGGCCCAGCCAAGCCGGAUAGCAAGGUACUAGAAAAUGGAGCUGAAAAAAUGAGCCAAGUUGCGCUAUAAUAACUAUUUCCAGUUCCUUAAGCUUUUCGAUUUGUUUUUAAAGCUUUCAAAGGCGAAAAUAAGUCUCAGUAGUUCUUUAGACUUCUAAAAGAAUUUUUAAUCCAAAUUCUUCUUAAUUCUGAUUUUUUUGAAAACUGUCAGCCGUGAAACAGGCGAAUCACAUCAAAUUUUCACAUUUCUCAAGAAAUAAAAUUGAGAUUUUUCAAAUUCGCAGUUUGGCAAGUCAUGUGCGCUCUAUUGUGAAAAUAAUUGGAGCUGCGAAAUUCAAAUGUAACUCAUUUUUGCAGUUCAAGCCGUCUCACGAGCCUUCGGAGCCACAAUCACCUGCAGCCACGUCGUCCGCCGUCGCCGCCCCGAUUCCCACCAACAUGACCCCGACGAGCACGACUCGCGCCAACACCGGCAACGCCUGGAACCACGGACCCCCGUCCUCGCUGGUCGCCAACAAGAACUCCAACUCCUCGUCCAACAACGUCUCGACGACCGCGACGCCGUCCACCUCCACGGCCACCUCCUCUGCCGCGCCUUCUGAAGUCCCGACGCCGUCCGCCUCGACGACGCCCGUCAACGCGGCCCCGUCGACCAGCGCUCAGAACGAGAAAGCCAGCACGUCGGCCGAUGUCGCCGAAGACAAGAAGGACAAGGACUCGAGCAAGGACACGGACAUUGGGUUGGUUUUGGGAUGAUGCUAUCUUUUUUCCAGUCUCUAUAUAUUGUGAUAAGAAUCAGAUAAGAUUAUAAUAUUUACAGCGGCGGUAAUCUGAGUGACUCAUCCUCAACGGCCAACAACAACAAGAAGAAGUUCGAGUUCAACGUCAACGCGCCAGAGUUCAAGCCGCGGCCGCAGUCGCUGGCGACACAGCCCCCGCAGUCGCCGUUCGUCGGCCAUCCGGGAGCCGUCGCCCCUCACGGAAUGCAGCAAGGUCCGCCUCACGCCGGACAGCAGCCCCACGUCGCCAUGCAACACAUCCAAGGACAGCCGAUCGUUCCCGGCGUCCCGAUGGUCCAAGGAGUCGUCCAGGGUGUUCAGGUGAGAGCUUUUUAGAAGGCUUUGAAGCCAAUUAGUGUGUAGAAGUCUUCUUAAACUUGGUGGAAGGCUUCCUUUAAGAGAAGGAUCAGAAUCCAGACUCAAAAGAGGACUAUCUAGUUCCAGGGAGCCAUGGCGCCGCCUGGCAUGAUGGUGAUGGCGACUGGAUGGACGAACUCUCCACAAGCUCAGCAGUACCAAGGCUACCAGCUCAUGUCUGGUCAGCAGGUCCAAAUGAUGCCCCAAGGCAUUCCGGUCACCCGAAACGGCGGUCAAGUCUUCACUACCGCUGCUCCCAACCGCAGACAACCCAACCCAGCAACCGUCUACAUGUCCCAGCAGCAACAAUGGCCGGGACAGAUGAUGCACGUCCAGCAGGGAGCUAUGGUUCGGAAACCCAAGAGAAACUCCGAAAAAUGAACAAUUUUGUAGCCCUACGUCUCGACCUACCAGCAGUACAACGGCGGCGCGCAGAUGCAGCCCCAAGGAGCGCAAUAUCAAGUCCCAACGACCGGAGUACCGGCUCAUCAAGCCGCCGCUGGAGCAGCCGUCAUGGCCGGACCUGGCAUCGCUGCCACGCCGACCAACGGACCUCAGCAGGCUGUCUACGCGGCAGCAAGACCUGGCUAUCCGGCGCCGCCUAUGGUUAGUUGAGAAAUUUUAUUACAUUGAAGAGGAGCUGAAGUUAUAUUGACAGUUAAAGGCCUAAUUUACCUUAACAAAAAAAAAAUUGCAGGGCUACGUCAUGCCACCAACUCAGCGCUACCAAGGCGGACCCCCACAGCAAGGACAGCAGCAAGGACAACAAGUCCCGCACGAUCCAGCCCACUAUCCCCAGGCUGCUGCUGCUCAGCAAGGCGGAGCUCAACAAGGCGGUCCGUCCGGCCCCAACAGCCAGCCGGCGACUCCUGGACCUCAGCCACCUCAGCCGGUUCCGUCACCUGCUCAGGUAACCAUUUUCGACAGUUUUUUUGUGUGGAUUGAAGCCUGUUGAGGAAUGAUCUAUGUUUGAAGAUGUUUGAAACAAAUCAUUUUCUCAAGAAGUAGUAUUGAAAGAAUCAAAGAAAGUAGUAUGAAAUUUUGAGAGAUAGUGACUGUAACCCUCUCCAGAAUUUGUUUUGGCUUUCUGAAAUCGUCCUAAGAUUCUAGAUCAAAAGUGUGGAGCUUGUGGUUUGGCAUGAUAAUUUUUUCCACUUUCUGGCAGUUUUUCCGCUUUUUUCCUCGUAGUGUUAUGACUAGGUAUUGUCAAUGUUUGAAUGUUUUUGCUGCUUGCUUUUGUGGAAAUUUUUGAGGAGUUUGAAAAUUGAGAAAACCUUCAUUGGUCUUGAAUGUUUGCUUGGGCUCUUUCAAAAAAGAAACGUUACUGAAUAGGUUUCUCAUCUCAAAGCUAUUUUCCCCUUGUCCUUGUAUGGAUUGAAAAAAAUAAGCAUCCAAGUCAUUGGUGUCGUUGUUUGCAGCAGCAGAUGGGCAGCACUGGAAGUCUCAAUGGCUCUGGCGGAUCCAACGUCGGCGCCAACGGGCGCAGCAUCUCGCCGGCCACUCAGCAACAACAGCAGCACGUCGCCAUGUCGCAGCCGCCGCCCAAUGCUCAGCAGCAGCAACAGGCGCAGCAACAACAGCAACAACAGCAGCAGCAGCAGAUGAUGUCGCAGCCCCACGCUGCCCUCCACGCCGCCGCUCUCCAACAACAACAGCAGCAAAUGCACCACGCCGCCGCUGCUCAUCACCAACAGCACCCCCACUACGCCACCGCCGUCCACCACGCCCAACAGCAAUCACAACAGCAGCAGCAGCAGCAGUACUUUGCUCAGGCACGUAGAUAUAGUAGAUUGUGAAAUUGGUAAAUGAACAGUGUUGUCGUUUUUCUUUUUGGUUGAUGGGCAUGAAAAAUUGGGGAAAUUGAUGUCAAUUAGCUCAUGUAUUGAGCAUGAAUGUUGGGAGAAAUGCCUUUAAAAGGAAAAGUUGGUAAUAAUGAGACCUUAGGACCAUUCUCAGACAUGUAGCUUCAAAGUAUUGUGAAAAUGAUAGAUGGAAAAUGUAUGGAAAUUAAAGAAAAUGCGCAAGUUAAAGGGCCUAGCCAUUCCAUUUGCGACCAAAUGAGACCUUUUCAAGCCUUAUGAGCAUGUUCAGGCAUGUAGUUUCAGUAGAUUAAGAAAAUUUUAGAUAUUUUCGUUUUUCUAGUGUAUUUCGGAUGAAAAUUGAAGAAAAAAAUAGGUAACUGGCCUGGCCAUUCUAUUUGCGGCCAAAUGAGACCUUUUCAAGCCUCAUGAGCAUGUUCAGGCAUGAAGUUUCAGUAGAUUGUGAAAAUUUUAGAUUUUUUUUUCACUUUUUAAUGGAUUGGGCAUGAGAAUUUGGUGAAAAUGGAGAAUGAGGCUGUCAAAAAAAUCCUUGAAAAAGCUCUCUUCAGCCAUUCCAUUUGCGACCAAAAGAAGCCUUUUUUGAACUUUUUUGUGAAAAUUUCGCUAAAGCGCUCUAGAUUUCAUCCCUAAUUCAAAAUGAUUAUAGAGAUUUUCAAAGCUUUUGAAGUAGGAUAUACUAUAAAAUUAGCAGAAAUAAAAAAACUCGAGAAAAUGAGAUUUAUCUAAUCUGGCUUUUCAAUUUCAGCCAAUGUACAACAUGUACCCGCAAGGGACGAUGAUCUACCAGGCGGCCGGCGGAAUGCAUCCGGGAGCCCAUGCGGCCCAACAGCACGCGGUCAUGGACGCCAACGGGCAGAUGGUCGACGCCAGCGCCAUGAUGCAGCACCCGCAGUACAUCACCGACCAGUACGGCAACUACAUUCAAGGUAUCUUAGUUGAGAAACUUGAUGGGAAUGAGAUUCUUGAGUUUAGAGAGCCUCUAGGACCUUAAAGAUUUUCAGAAAGAAAUUUUUGGACCUUGAGAUUCUAGCUUGGCUUAAGGACUAUGAGAAAUAUCGAUAUAUAUUUUUUUUGUGAAGAACUAUUCUGAAAAUUUCAUGAGACCUUGAUCAUACGGUGAAAAGCGAGAGAACAGCGGCGACCUGUAGAGACCCCAGACAACGAGAGUCUCACCAAGUUGUCUGGCACCUCUUCAGGACAUGUUGAUCUCUAGUUUCCAAACUUUUUUAAGGGAAUAUGACUGAAAAUACGCGAGAAAAAGUGAUUACAUUUUUUCUUUGGCGUUAUGAAUGAGAAGAAACGAUAUUCCAUUCAUAAGUUUAUAUUUUUGUGAAGAACUAAUCUGAAGCGUUCAUGUGAGAAAUCUUGAUUAUACGGUGAAAAGCGAGAGAACAGCGGCGACCUGUAGAGAUCCCAGACAACGAGAGUCUCACCAAGUUGUCUGGCACCUCUUCAGGAUAUUUUGAUCUCUAGACUGAAAAUGACUGAAAAUACGCGAGAAAAUGGGAUUAUUCUUUCUCUGGCGUCCUACAAGCCUUACUGUUCUCUCGCUUCAAUAAUCACCGGAAAGUUGAUAAAAAAUCUCCACAGGGAUCUUAUUGUAGUUGAUCAGUAAAUUAGACCUUUUUCUAUACGGACUCUAGAAGAUUUUUUUUUCUACUAUCAACUCUUUCCAGCUCCACAAGGCUACUACACUCAAGGACAUCAGGCUCAUCCGCCGCCACCUCAUGCUCAAGCGAUGUCGCGUCAGAAUUCGCUGCCUCAGCAGUAUGGUGGUCAGCAGGUUCAAGGCGGUCCUCCUGGUGAGUUUGGAAGCUGGAAAAUUUUGGGAAAAGUCCUUAUCGAAAAAUCUUGGGACGAAGUGGCUAGAAAAUGGUAGCAAAAAGGGUUCUUUUUAAGAAAAUUCACAUUUUUCCAGCGUCUUAAAGGGUGGAAGUAGCAGAAGGCAGCGAAAACAGUACUCAAUAGUUGAUGAAAUUUAGACAAAAGUUACUUUUUAGAAGCAUAAGAGUCCGUUUCUGACUUUAAGUAUGAUUAACGAUGAGAGAUUUUGAAGCCUAGUAGAAAAUUCAAUAAUUUCUUUCAGGCCUCACGAACCAAGGACAAACUGGCGGACCUCAACAAGGCGGUCAGCAGCAACAAGCCUCCGUGCAGCAGCAGCAAUGA